AUAGGGAAUGAAAUAAAAAGAAAUGUAUCCAAGAUUUGUUACCAUGUUUAUAGUAAAAUCAAAUGUACACUUUUCUUACAUGUUAGAGGUAAUUUGAAAAAAACUACAAAAUUCUGCCAACUACAAAUAAGCCUGUAGGGUGAUGAAUUAACAAAUUUGAAACAGUUUUUAUAGCUAAAUCUUUUAUUCAAAAUUAGUAGACAUCAUUUGUUAGGAGAACACAAACAAAAUAAACAAUUAAAGAAACAAAAGCACUGAUAUGAUUUCGGAAAAUUAUAAUUUUGUAAGAUGUAUAUGUGAUAUAAAAACGUAUAAACGCUUUUCUAAUUGUAUAUUAUAGAAAAACAAUGAAAUGAUAGUUUUGAUAAUUUAUUUAUGAUUGUUUGUCAAUAAUCAAAAUGACAUAGAAUUUAUGUGGAUAUAUAUUGAAGAACUAAAGUAAAGCUAAGAGUUUAUAAAGAAAAUGAAUUAACAACAACAUUGUUGUAUAAUAAAUAAUUAUUUAAAGACAUUUAAAUUUCAAAACUUAUACUGUUAGAUAUCUUUAUAACCUCAUUUAUCUAUAUAUGAGCAUAUUAUUAUAUGUGUAACUAUUUAUUAAUACAUUCAUAUGAUUAAUACCUAAAAACUAAACCUUCAAGAAUAUAUUAGAAAAAUGGAUUGAUAGCAUUCCAUUAAUAGGAACUACUACUUAAAAUAGUGAAAAAAUAAUAAAACUCAAUACUUCUAAAUAUUUUUCAUAGAUAUCCAUUUAUCGCUCCACGACAAAUAUUGUAAUACAAAUAGACCUAUUAGUGUGAACCACGUGGAUAAAACCUAUUAGCGUGAGCCACGUGAAUGUCUGGAUAUGUCUAAGUUAUCUAACAUAAAAUUAAGAGAUGACAAAGAGAUAUGUAUUAGAUUUUACCAUAAAUUCUUAUAUGUGGGUGUGAGUUAGACAUCCAUGCUUACUCAGUCACUAUAUAUAUUUCCUUCUCUCAUACAAUCAACUCAACAAAAACGAAACAAAUACCUUACCACCCAAACUGAAAGAACUAGAGCAAUCAUGGAACCAACCAAUGAUGCUCAUGUGACUGUGGAGACUAACGCUAGAGCUACCACCGACGCUAAGCUGUAUCCGUCACCUGAAGUGCUACCCGUUGAGAUUAUUACUGCGAAUCAAACCCAUGACGGAAGAUACAUACAAUACAACAUACUUGAGAAAAUCUUUGAACUUACAGCAAAGUAUAAGCCACCAAUCAUGCCUAUUGGCAGCGGUGCUUAUGGCCUCGUUUGUUCAGCUAUGAACUCGGAGACCGAUGAAAAGGUGGCAAUAAAGAAGAUUGCUCAUGCAUUUGGAAACAAAGUAGCGGCUAAGAGAACUUUAUGUGAAAUCAAGCUUCUUCGUCACUUCGAGCAUGAAAAUAUUAUCGGAAUCAGAGACCUAAUAUUGCCUCCUCGGAGAGAUGCUUUUGAAGAUGUAUACAUUGUACAUGAGUUGAUGGAGUAUGACCUUCAUAAAGUCAUAACAUCCAAACAAGAACUAGAACCACUUCAUUACAAGUUUUUCUUGUACCAAAUCCUGCGUGGAUUAAAGUACAUUCACUCAGCCAAUGUGAUACAUAGAGAUUUAAAACCGGGCAACCUCCUUGUGAACGCGAACUGUGAACUGAAGAUAUGUGAUUUCGGACUUGAUCGUGGUACUUCAGAGAAUAAUGCAAUGACUGAGUAUGUUGUCACAAGGUGGUACUGUGCACCUGAGCUUCUCUUGAACUCAUCUGUGUACACCUCAGCUAUAGAUGUCUGGUCUGUUGGCUGCAUCUUCUUGGAGUUGAUGACUAGCAAAACGGUCUUCCCCGGUAGAGAUCCUAUUCAUCAGCUUCGUUUGAUCUUGGAGCUCCUAGGCUCUCCAUCAGAAGAAGAACUUGGAUCAUUGAGUGAAAAUGCUAAGCUAUACUUAAGGCAGCUUCCUAAUCAUGAUCGCCAAUCAUUCUUUGUGGUAUUCCCAAACGUGCCUUACCCUGCUCUUGACUUGAUAAUGAAGAUGCUAAAGUUUGACCCUAGACAAAGAAUCUCAGUUGAAGACGCACUUGAUCAUCCAUAUCUGAGAGAGAUUCAAGACUUCACUGAUGAACCAGUGUGCAUGACCCCCUUCAACUUCGAUUUAGAGGAACAGACAUUCACAGAGGGGGAGAUUAAGGAGUUAAUCUACCGUGAAGCCUUAGCUUUCAGCCCUUAACCAACAGCAGUUGAAAACGAACAUUGACUUUGCCUUGGAAUUGCAAUUCAUGAAAAAAUCGUCAUCAGUCUUCUCAACUCAUAAAAUAUUUCUAUGUAUUAAGAUAUUGUGCUAGAUAUCCUAAAUAAACUAUAUUUGGUAUUGUAAGAUUAUAUAAUAUUUACCUCAAUGAACUAGAGAGAGAAAACAAACAGUAACCAACUGAUAAUGCAGGAUACUGAAAAUGUUUAAGAAAAAUGAGAUUAUGCAAAAACAAGAUGUUAGAGAUACUUCAAAUCCUCAACGAAGAUAUAGAUGUAAGAGAGAAGAAAGAACCAUUAUUUCAAUUUGAAUACAAAAAAAAGUGUGUAAGAUGAAAUUGACAACAACCAUAGCAAGCUUAUGAACACUAAGUCUCAAUCUAACUUAAAACAUGAUUAUGAUCAUGAAAUAUAUGAAUUAUGAUCAAAGGUUGGUGUCUCUGUUUAACUUAAAACAUGAUUAUGAUCAAGGUUGGUGUCUCUGUUUUAAAUGAUUUGGGGAACAUAAUCUCACCUAGAUAAAUCAGUUUAUCACUACAACAAACUCAUUGACAGAAACAUUGUGACGUGGGAGCUUAUACAGAACCCAUACAUACACACAUUUCCACAAGGACGCAUAACUCAUAACCCAUACACAGAGCUUACAGUCCAUAGCAUUAGUGAGAAGAUAAGACCCGUCUGGACUUAAGGCUCAUACCAGUUAUCAGCUGCAUCUGAGAAACUCACGGCUGUGAUUUGAUAUUUGUCAGGGAAUGCUUGUAUGGCUCCUCUCUGACGCAUGUCAAGGUAUAAAAGCGCCACCAUUAUUCAUAAUAAAACCUCUGCUUAUUCUUAACAAAGAUUGUUUCUUCCUCUUCUUCUUUAAGGUUGUCGUUUGCAUCGGUGAAACUUGGAGCUCAAGCUUUCUCAUGGACUGCAGGAAAACGUGAGACAAAUGGUGUUUCCCUCUUUAUUUCACCUUCUUCCUGAGAUGUUCGAAGCCAGGCUUUUCAGGCUGCUGCAAUGCAUGAAGGUCAGCUCUCUGAUUAAUCUUCUGAAGAUCUCCUAGUUGCAGCAUCAUCUCUAGUUUGGACAACGUUGAUGUCUCAGAAGCGUUAAAAAGGCUCCCACUUAUAGCUGCCAAGAACUACUUUACUCCUCUCGCGGAACCGUUAAUGUUCAACAUUGUGACGCAAAAGAAAAGUGUAACUCAAUUCAACCAUCAUUAACAUUCUCUGUUCUUGAGGAUUGUUUUGAAACUAUUAGAACUUAUUGGGUCAAAAGCUGGAUCAUAUAGAUGUUAAAUGUUAAAAGUAAGAAUCUAUUACUAAUUUCCCAUAAAUCAACUUGGACUUUUGACCCGGUUAUGAAAAACCGUAAUUUGUAUACUCAGCGCUCUGUUAGACGCAUUGUUUUUCGGCUUUAGACCGAAAUAAAGAUAACAAUUCUUACUACAUAAUUUAAUUAGCAUUCACUAAUAACAUUGUAAAAAAUGGCAAAAUAGUCAAACAUGCAUCGGGAUUAACAUGCAUAUUAGGUGAUUCUCCCAUGCUCAUGCAAAGAUAAAAAUAUUUGCAAAAUAAAUAUAUUAUAUAAUUAUUAAUAUUCUAAUUAUAAUUUAAUUAUUUUGUUAAUUAUAUGUAUGAUUUAAUUAUUUAGUUAAUUAUAUGUAUGAUUUAAGUUAAGUAAAUUGAAUUGUAUCUACUUCCCUGAAUUUAACCAUCCGUGCUCAUGCACAGAUAAAAAUAUUUAUAACAUAAAUAUAUUAUAUAUAAUUAUUAAUAUUCUAAUUUUAAUUUAAUUAUUUUGAAAUUUUUUUUAACAACUUCAUUGAAAUGAAAAUGAAACAAGAGUCCUUACAUGAGGAAAAGCUCAAACUGAUAAGAGACAACACGAUUAUUUUGAAAAUUAUAUGUAUGAUUUAAUUAUUUGAUUAAUUAUAUGUAUGAUUUAAGUUGAGUAUAUUGAAUUGUAUCUACUUCCAUGAAUUUAACCAUAGUAUUUUUGUGCCGAAUUAGAUAAAAAUUCUGAUUUUUUGCCUUUAGAAUUUCGAUUUUGGACAUAAAAUUUAGAUUGUUUAAGUUAUUCAUUUUAUGAGUUAUAUUGAGUUAUACAUAUUUCUUCAAAGUGAAGCACAAUCACUUUUGAUUCUAGUUAACCGAAAUUUGAUUAAUUUUAUUUAUUGCAUUAGUCCACUUCUUUAUCUUCAUUAUGCAUAUAUACGCCGUAAAUUAUUUUAUAUAGUUUAAGAUUUGUGGAUUUAUAAAAAAUAAUAGAAAACACUAUAAUGAUGAUUAGUAAAAAAAUUAUAAACGAAGAUAAAUUUUGAAAACUCACGAACGAAUAUCAAUAUUUAAAAAAUAAUAUUUUUUUUUUUGUAAAUUCUAAGUAAUUUUAUAAUUUAGAUGUAGAAAAUAUAAAUUAAAAUAUUAUAAAUUAUAAUUGAUAAGUUUUAAUUAUUGCAUUAGCUCAGUUCUUCAUCUUAAAUAUGCAUAUAUACUUUCUUAACUCUUUUGUAUAAUUUGAUAUUUGUAGAUUUGUAAAAAUAGUAGUAGAAAAAACUAAAAUGAUGAUUACUACAAAAUUUUAUAAACAAAAUAAAAUUUUAAAGACUCAUGAACGGAUAUUUAAUAUUUACAAAAAAUAUUUUUGUAAAUUCUAGCAAAUAUUAUACUUUCGAUGUAGAAAAUAAAUUUAAUAUACUCUAAAUAAUAUUAAGCAUAAAAAUUCAUACUGGUUUAUGUAUUAUUAUCAUAGUUCUAUUAUAGUGUAUAAAUGUUCAAAAAAAAAAAAUAUUAAGCCUUUAAUUAUUUUAGUAAUCUGAGAAAAUAGACUUCAAAAAUUAAAAUAAUUUUACUAAAUUUAGAAUAUAUGUUAUGUUGUUUGUUAUUAUGUUUUAAAGAUAUGAUUAAAACUGUUUUUGUGAACUUUCCUUUUUAUGAAAUAACAUUAUAUAUUAAAUUUAUUUUCAUAAAAUAUGUUUUUAUUCCUUUUUGAGGAUAUAAUUUACGUUUUUAUUAUAUGAAUAAUUUAUUUUUAUUAUAUAUAUUCUGGAAAAGUAUAAAAAAGAAAAAAAAAAUAUUAUGUAUAGUAUAAUCAUAUAUAAUAUUUUAAUCUAUUAAGGGUGUCUUUGUAAUUAACUAUAAUAAAAAUUUAUGUGAGUGUGACACGUAGAAAACUGACUUCUCAAAAAAUAUUAUAGAAUUGUCAUAUGAUAUAUGAAUAACAUGUUGUAUUGUCCUCAUUUCCCUUAGACCACUAGCUAGUACUCAAUCACAACUAAUAAUUUAUGAAUGUGUAACAGUGUAAGGAUAUUGAAAACAUUAAUUAUGAACAUUAUAUAAUCAAUAUAUCAAGGAGAAGUGAUUGUUUUUUAAAUCAUCAUAAGUAGAAAGACAAUGAUACAUUUUAAUAGAUUGAGUAAAAAGGCUUACCUGGUGAAGUGGUGAUGCAGUGGAAUUAUCAUCAUUUGUUUGCUGGACUGCCUUUUUUUGCGAUUAAUUAACAAUGUAUUUUCAGGAUAUAGGAAAAAUGGUUAUUCUUGUGAAUCCUUAGGUUCAACAACCAAUAGAAUUUCAUUAUUUCAAUCUUUUAAAAAAGUAAACAAAAUAUUAUCAAGUUAUAUUAUGUUUUUAAAAUAAAAAAUAGUAGUUACAGAAAAAAGAACA